UCACAGCGUCUCCAAUUACACACACACGGGGAGAGAGAGAGAGAGAGAGAGAGAGAGCAGAGUGAAUGAGCGAAGCUGCGGAGCUUCAAUUCCGCAACAUUGUCGGGAUCUUCAACGAUUGACGUUACCGUUUUAACCGAGAAAUUCUGCAAAUGCUAUAAUGUAAUACCGGCUAGAUGUUAGUGUAGUGUGACGCUCACUUCAUACUGAUUUCUCUUCCGUCUUUUUUUUUUUUUAAAGAGGGACGCCGAAUGAGCGUGAAAUUCUAAUGCAGCAGAAAUAAUUUUCGCCGUGCGCGCAUUAUUCGUUAUAAUCAAACUGAGGAUCGUAUUUAUAGCUGAAAAUCCUUAAGGGAAAAAAAAAUAUCAUUGCGCAUUUGCGCAGACGGACGAGCAGCGCGUUGGAGCAGCGCCUGUGAAUGAGCUGUAACUUUGCUCGGUGAAAAAGGGGCGUUCUCCAUAGCCUGCGAUCGAAGGCGGACGCUCGCGCACAGAAGCUCGCGGUGGUCCCGCCGCAACGCGCGCCUCUCAUCAGCUGCAGCUUUGCGCAACACAACUUCGGGAUCUGUCGUUCACGUUCGCCUAAUAUUCAGCCUGAUGCUCCAUGCAGUCAUCGCCAAUCCCCGUCGGGAUCGUAAGAAAAUCGACGCGCGAGACAGAUGUGACCGGCGUGAAAAUGGAUCUCGUGUUGGUUUUGAGGUUAUACUCCGCGACAGACUGUUUUCAGGUUGUUUCUGAGAUGCGUUCCGAGUGACUCCUCCGAAAUUACGCAUUCCUCCCGCGCGUCAGCUCAAUUCACGGUGUCUAAAAAUGGCAAACCAAAGUCCCUAUGACAAUCGGGAUAUCGUUGAGAAGUAUCUUUAUCACAAACUUUUGAAGCGAGGCUACGUGUGGGAGUUCCGCGCUGGAGCUGAGGAAGACGACGGAUUGAGGGAGCCGCCGCCGGCGGAAGUUGUGGAUCGCAGGCCGCGCGCCUUAUUACCGCUGCACCGCGUUCUGCGCGAGGCCGGCGAUGAGAUCGAGCGGACGUACCAGCGCGACUUCGCGGCCAUGUCGGACCAGCUGCACUUUACUCCCAGCACGGCGCAGCGCCGCUUCACCGCCGUCAUUGAGGAGCUGUUUCGGGACGGCGUGAACUGGGGCCGCAUCGUGGUCUUCUUCGAGUUCGGUAGCACCCUUUGCGUACAGAGCGUGAACCAAGAGAUGGCGUCCCAGGUGGACAACAUAGCAAGUUGGAUGACAGAUUACCUGAACGGGCCAUUGCAGAACUGGAUUCGGGAGAAUGGAGGCUGGGAUGCCUUCGUGGAGCUCUACAGUCAUCAGAGAGCAUCCAUAUUCCACCCCUGGCCCUAUUUAAAGACAGUCUUUGGCCUGGCAGCACUGGGAGCGGCAGGAGUCACCAUCGGUGCCCUUUUUUCUCAGAAGUGAUCACCUGGAUCAUUGACACCUGUCCUUCCUCAUCUUUUUCACUCCCCUGGCUUAUGAAGGCACUUGGUUUAUCAGCAUAGCACUGCCCUGCUGUUCCAUCCAUGUUAUGGAGCUGUUCUUGAAACUGGAGUAGGAGAAAUGCAAUGAAAACAAAAACAAAAAAAAACAAAAAAAAAAAACAAACAAAACAAAACAAAAAAAAAAAGUUGCUCUAACACAUUUACUAAAACUAUCACUGCCAUGUUAGAUCUAGAUACAAAAACAUAUUUACACACACACACACACACACACACACACACACACACACACAGCAACCAUACAACUCCAAAAUUCAUGGACCACAUAAGCACACACAAAUGACAAUAAAUUCUUUUUAUUGCAAACAUUACUUACAUUUGAACUUCUAUGAACCUGCAAAUCCAGAGGUUCACUUAUUAUGUUUUUAUUACCUUGUGUGUAGCAUGGAAUGAUGUAUGUAUAAUGUAGGAGUUGGAAAGAAGAAAAAAAAGAGAACGAAACAAGAGACAGCUAUGAAUGCUCCACUGUCUGCAUGCAUAGUGGCAAGCUACUUUUUUGCAUGAUGGCCUUUUCAGCAUGGAAAAGAAAAGCACCACAUUAUGUAGCACAUUUCUGGGUGUUAUUUUUUCUUUCUUUCUUUCUUUCUUUCUUUCUUUCUUUCUUUCUUUCUUUUUUUUUUUUUUUUAUCUGUCUUUCUCCUUCUCAAAUGUUUCUCAGCAUACCUCUCAAAAGCAGCAGAUGCUGCUCAUCCCUCAUUAGGCAUGCUCGUCUGUUUGAUUGGCGGGCGAAUCUCUGAGUUUUGUCCUUGCCGGUUAACCGCUAAGCAUUCACUUCACUUGCUUUCAACAGCUUAAAAACGUUGUGUUCUGAGGUAUACCACACCUGAAUGUAUAAUAUGUGUCUCUGUGUGUGGUGUGACUCUAGAGACAUUUAACCUUUCUCAUCUCAUCUGGUGUCACUCUGCUUUUAUUUUGUGUCCUUUUUAUAAAAAAAAAAAAAAAAAAAAGGAGAGGAAAGGCUGAAAACAUAUAGGUUAUUGAAGGUGUAGUACCAGAAAGGCAGCAGGACCCUAUUAAAGAGAUGUAAGUGUGUGUGUGUGUGUUUGUGAUUGUGUGUGUGUGUGUGUGAUUAUAAGUAGAAUGUGUUGAGAGAGAGCUUAGAGCUUAGCCACAGAAAAGGUGGGUAUCUCUCGGCCCAUUACAGCAACCAGAGAUAAAGCAGGGCAGCUGGGGUCAGCCAGGUGUGGCAGGGAGGGGGUUAGGGGGAUGGGGAAGGGUUUAGGUGAGGUACAGCGGAGGGACUCCAGCUGGCAGCAGAGACUUCAUUCAGCCUGGCACAACGGGCAUCCAGGGAAUAGAAGCUCCAGAAAGACAUAGAAGAAAGUGAAAAAUAAUAAUAAUAAUAAUAAAUAACUAUAACUAUCAGCUCUAUAUUUUAUUUUGUCCAUUUUAUUUUCACAUUAUUACAAAGUCAGGCAUUUUGUGGCACCCCUGGACAAGGUGAGGUUACCCAGUGUUGGACUAAUGACCCCACAAAGCCUGACCUUGAGUUUGAACCAUCAACCUUCUGGACCUUCAAGUCGACAAAUACACAACCAUGACUGCUGAAUUACUAUUGCGCCACUGAAGAACCACCUUAGUAGUGUUGGAUCCCUGAAUGCUCCUGUGCUGAAGGAGUUCGCUUGAAACCAGACAACCUGAACUUGUGUGUUUCUGCUGCUGCUUUCAUCCUGAACAGAACCUAAGCGGUAUCAGAUAUCUCAGUGCUCUCUUUGCAGCGGAUUUGUAGGGCAUUGAGACCUCUGUUUGUCAUAUUCAGCUUGGGAGCUAUGGUUUUUUCCCUAGCGGUGGAAUCUUUGACAAUCAUGGUAUAGUAAGAUGAUAUGUUUACUUGUUAAUGUUUUACUGUCAUUUAAUCUCAUCUAAGUGGUGUAACCAUUUAUUUUAAUACGUAAAGGCCGAAGUGAUGGAGUUUUGUCUCCAGAAUGCAUGUCACCGAAGAGUCAAUCGAAUUUAAUGGCGGAACUCAUGUUUCAUGUUUGUAAAGGUACAAAAACGCGGACAUAAUGCAAUGUUGAACUUCUGCUAUGAAUGCGAAAGCAUCAUGUUGAUCGUGUCUCUUAUGAGUAUCUUACGGGAGAGAGUUGAAGGCUCGCACUGUAACAUCAUGUAUUUUAAUAGCUGCUAAUAAGAUGUGUAGCUCUCAGCAAUGUAACAUCCUUGUUAUUUAGACACCAUGCGAUGCUGCUUUACGAUACAGCAAAAACUGCCACUGGUGGGGGGGGGCUGUAGUGAAAUCUCCCCACUCUGUAAGCAUCACUCAGCAGGAAGGGUGUAAAGACUCACACAGCCUUUGUGUGAUCGUAUAAAAACUCCGGAUCAGGAGGAAUUGUCAUUUGUUGAGUUUGACGAAUGAGGUCAAGGCCUGGAUUACCUAACAGAAACAUUCAGUAGAUAACAGUUCAGUAGUGUAAAAGAUACGUUGAGUAGUGUAUUAAAAAAAAGCUUACCCCAAAUCUUACCCCAAAAAAAUCUUAGGUAAAAUGUACACAAAUGGCAACAAUCUCAAUUGUAACUCAAGUUGACUGUUAUAAUUCGGCAUUAGUAAGGUGUUGGGUACACUUGAUAUUUCCAUGAUCGGCGCUUUCUAAAACAGAAUCUGACACAGGAUUUUGUCUCCUCUGACUCCAGGAGCAAUUAUAAUAUAAUAAAGUAAUGUCAAGAAAAAUUGAUCAUACUGCCACAAGCUUUCAGGAGACAGUGAGAAAGUUAAUUGGUGCGAUUUAUUACAACAUAAUUCUUAUAGUUGACAAGGGAGAGUUUUUUAAAUGAGCUACCUGGUCCUGGGUUAACACAUUUUUGUUAUUUAAUAUAUGUAUAUAUUAUAUUUUAUAAUUUGUUUUCCCAUUACCAAGAAAUUUCAAAUCCAAAAUGGGAAUUGGGAUGUUUUCUGACUUCUUAAUUGGGACAACACUGAAAUGGCACAAGAUCGCUUAAUUAUGAUGAAUUUGAAUGUCAUAUCUUUACUGUAUAUGUGUCUCCUUGUACCACUAUGCAUCAUUAAUGUAUAUGUUCAAUGAUAAAGCAUGAAAACAUCUCUCUGGGUUUUUCAUCGAUUUAAUUAUCAAAGUGGGAGGGAGUGUUUAACUGCGUAAAGGUGAAAAGCUUUUCCUCUGUGUGAACUGAUCUGACGUAAUUUCUGUCUUUAUGGCAAUGCCAGUUGGUAUUUGAUCCUGUUAUUUACAUUAUGUGUGAUUGUGAUUUCUUUUUAUUUUUAUUUUGGUUGCAGCAUUUUUAGAGUUGCUUUCAGCUCUGUGAUUUUAUAUGCGUUUCUACAAUGUCUUGUUUUUCUGAAAAAUAAGCCCCAAUCCUACAUUAUAUAGAAUUGUGGAAAAAAAAAAAGGUUAAUGCACUUUUUUUCGUCUGUUCAGGCAGCUAAUAUCAUAGAACCAUUUCCAAAACAUGCCACAAUGAAAGAGCCAACCUUCUUUUGCUUUUCUGUUUUGUAAUUUUAUUGUUUCUCUUAUUAUUAUUUUUUUUUACCUUUCAUUUCACAUGGUAGCACUAAAUUAUACCGAAACCUUUGAACCUGAACAAAACAUCCAAGGUAUUUUUUAUGUUAAAAGAUGAUACCCAGAGGAUCAUAGUUACUGUAUCCUCUUAUAGCAGUCAUUAUUUGUCCUGCUUUCAAAAUGUAGCCUACAUAAACCACUGUUCAAGCUUUUUUGUUGUUGUAUUUUGUUUUUAAUUUAUCCUCAUAUCAUGUCCCGAUGUGCCCAUACUAUUUUUGUCUACUUCUUCCUAUCAUAAGCUAACAAUGAUGUGUCCUAAUUAAAAGAAAAAACUUGCCUUACCAUCUGCGAGCUGUCACUGAAUCACUGAAUCAUAAACCAUAGCACUCCCUCUGCCAUAGUGUGUCACAUGCUUCCAUACUGCAUAUAAAGAAAAUAAAGAUUGGAUUGAGACAUCA